AUUUGUUUGCCAGUCCGCAGUUACUCCCCGGGUAUCAGGGGAGUACGUUCACCGAGACAGAUCGGGAUCUAGAGCGGGCAUGGCAUCCAAUAGGGUCUCUUUCUCGCAAUACCGUCUGGAAGCGGAGAUCGACCGCUACAGAGCAGAGUGCCAGUGGGACAAGAUACCCACUAUCGUAGAGCAACUCGUGGCCGCCAGAUUUCACGAAGACGAUGACUACGGGACGCUGUUAUUGGCAGAGGCCCUGCUGGAGGAGUGUCUGCAGGACAACCUGAGGCUGUUACGCAAUGCUACGCCUUUGACGGACAUCAACCAGCCCAAACUGUCCCGGUCAAAGGGCUACCUCAACUCCAUCCUGAGCAGGGGGCUCCUGGGGCCCAGGCACCUGAACGAGGCUCUUCUCCUGAUGGCCAAAAUACACUAUGUCCAGGGUCAUUACCGUGACGCCCAGGGCAUGUGUGCAAGGGUGGGCAUAGACGAGCUGACGGGGGACGAGCAGCCCGUCUACCACCUGCGUCUGCUCGCAGAGGCCUUUGUCAUCAAAGGUCUGUCCCUGGACCACCAGGCAGUGUCAGCUGCCUCCCGCGUCCGUCUGUCUGAGCGAGAGGAGGAAUGUCUGUCCUGUUACCUGAGGGCCUGUGACACAGCUCUCGUUUACCUGCAAGAGCUCGAUAAGAUGGUGGUCACCCCUAGUUCUAAAGUAGGUAAGGCCAGUUUGGCCCCUCCACCACUGGACAUUGACCUGGGCUUCUUCCAGCAGGCGGCGCUACAGAGUGUGUACCUGUGUCUGCUACAUAGGGGUCACCUGGCCCAGGGAACCCAUCAGCUGCGUAGGGUCCUCGGGGUGGUGGAGUCUCGAGGCUCCCAGAGCUUCAGGAAGGCUGCAGCGCGGAAGCUGGCUGAGGUGUUGCUGAGCUCGGUGAGUGAGGACAGCUACUGGGCCCCCAUGUCCCUCCCACCCUCCGCCUGGCUGCAGAGAGAAGGGAACGCCGGGCCGAAGGACGCCAUCUACCCCUCCUCCAAACCACCUCAGCGCUACAGUACUGACAGUGUCUUCUGUCCCCAGGACGUGGUCGAGGAGGCAGUCCUCCUGCUGCUCAUCACAGAAUCCAUGGCCAGCGGAGAUGCAGUCAUCAGCCGAGCGCCCGACCAUAAGGAGGCGCAGGAGACCAGUCUGCAGGAUGCCACCUCUGUCUACGACCUGCUGAGCAUCGGCAUGGCCAGGAGGGGGCAGUAUGCCAUGCUGUCUGAGUGCCUGGAGCGGGCCAUGAAGUUCUCGUUUAAGGAGUUCCACCUCUGGCACCAGUUGGGCUUGUCACUCAUGGCGUGUGGGAAGGGUGUGGGCGCCGUGUCUGUGCUCAAGGAGUGUGCCAGGAUGAGAGCCGAGGACCCCUCUCUGCCCAUGUUGGCUGCCAAAGUCUGCAUCGGCCAGCUGCACUGGCUGGAGGAGGCAGAGGCCCUGUCUCAGAGUGUGGUGUCCAUGGGAGAGGAGGCUGCAGAGUUUCUGCCCCGUGCGUACCUGGCUGUGGGGCUGUGCUGCAGUCUGCAGGCCUCUGAUGCUACUCUGAAAGCUCAGCGGGAUGGGUUCAACAGACGAGCGCUGCAAAAUCUGCAAAAAGCCUAUGCACUGGACCCCAAUGAUGCUAAGAUUGCCCUCUACCUGUCGCUCCAGCUGGCUCUUGUACGGCAGGUGGCAGCUGCCAUGGAUCCCCUGCAGGUGGCUCUGUCUCUGCAUGGGGACGACCUGCACUCUCUCCACCUGCUGACCCUGCUGUUCAGCGCCCAGAAACACCACCAACAUGCCCUGGAAACCCUCACACUAGCCCUCAGUCAACACCCUGAGAACUUCAACCUGCUGUUCACUAAGGUGAAGCUGGAGGAGGCUCUGCAUGGGCCAGGUAUAGCACUCCAGACCUGCCAAGACAUGCUGCAGCUCUUGCAGAGGCGCUAUGACUUCAUACGCACCAGUGAGGGGGAUGACAGCAGCAGUAUCCACCCACCAGAGCCACUUCCCCUCAGCCACAAACCCAGCGGUCUCCACCUCACCCUGCCAGACUUUCAGGACCCUGAGACUGCUCUCUCUGGGUCAGGUUCUCAGAGUGGUCCGUCCCUCGCUGCGUCUCGUCUGGGGCAGGCCACUUCAGAGGUGUCAGCCAUCAGCUCCGCCCACAGACAGGGUCCCGCCUACAUCUGGACCACCCUGGAGCGCAUCUGGCUGCAAGCAGGAGAGUUGUUCAUGGCAGACGGACGUGUGAAGGAGGCCCAGUUCUGUGUUCAGGAGGCAGCGGUGCUCUCUCCCAACUCCCACUCUGUGCUGCUGCUGAGGGCCCGGCUGGCCGAGCUCAAAGGGAACCAGGACGAGGCCAAGAGCUUCUAUGACGAAGCCCUGGCCAUCCACCCCAACGGACACCGCAUACUGCUGCACCUGGGCCAGUUGUUGGUGCGGUGUGGGCGUCUGGGUCUGGGGGAGAAGGUGCUGCGAGACGCGGUGCAGGCCGAGAGCACGUCACACGAGGCGUGGAGCGGCCUGGGGGAGGCCCUGCAGUUACAGGGCAGCAGCCAGGCACCAGACUGCUUCCUGACAGCCCUGGAGCUGGAGGCCUCCUGCCCCAUCAGGCCCUUCACCAUCAUACCACGCGAGCUGUGAGGAGCAGACAGAGGCUACUACUGUAUGACGUGUUUAUGAAUACACACAUAUGCACAGGCACACACACGUAUGAUCAUUUAAACGUACACAUUUGUGCAAUAUGUCUUCUCUUGCCCUGUCUCACUCUUUUUGCUCUCUUCUCUCUUGCCCCUCUCCUCCCUUCUCUGCUCUCCUCAUAUCUACAGUGAGCUCCAAAGGUAUGGGUACAGUGACACAUUUUUUGUUGUUUUGUGAAAUGACCAUGAGGUUAAAGUGCAGAUUAUAAGAUUUAAUUUGAAGGUAUUUCCAUCCAUAGCAGGUGAACCAUUUAGAAAUUACAGAACUUUUGGUAUAUAGUCCCCCCCCCAUUUUAGGGGACCAAAAGUUCACCUAUAUGUGUAUUAAAGUAGUAAGUUGGUCCCAUAUUCCUAACACACAAUGACUACAUCAAGCUUGUGACUCAUUUGUUGAAUGUAUUUGCACUUUGUUUUGGUUGUGUUUCGGAUUAUGUUGUGCCCAAUAGAAAUGAAUGGUAAAUAAUGUAUUGUGUCAUUUUGGAGUCACUUUUACUGUAAUAAGAAUAGAAUAUGUUUCUAAACACAUCUACAUUAAUGUGGAUGCUACCAUGAUUACGGAUAGUCCUGAAGGAAUCGUGAAUAAUGAUGUGAUGAGUGAGAAAGUUACCGAUGCACAAAUAUCACCCCCCCCCCCAAACAAAUGCCAACCUCCCCUGUUAUUGCAAUGGUUAGCAUGUCUUGGGGGUAUGAUAUUUGUGCGUCCAACUUUCUCACUCAUCAUUAUUCACAAUUCAUUCAGGAUUAUCCAUAAUCAGGGUGGCAUCCACAUAUUAAUGUAGAA